AUGUCCCAUCCCGGGACCCCAUCCCGAGGAUACAGGUCUCAUCCCGGGGCGGGCAGGUCCCAUCCUGGCGGCACAUCCCGGGAUCCCAUCCCGCGGGCGCAGGUCCCGUCCCGGGGUCCCAUCCCGAGGACACAGGUCCCACCCCGGCGGCACAUCCCGGGGUCCCAUCCCGAGGACACAGGUCCCACCCCGGAGGUACGUCUCGGGGUCCCAUCCCGAGGACACAGGUCCCACCCCGGCGGCACAUCCCGGGGUCCCAUCCCGAGGACACAGGUCCCACCCCGGAGGUACGUCUCGGGGUCCCAUCCCGAGGCGGGCAGGUCCCAUCCCGGGGGCACAUCCCGGGAUUCCAGGUCCCACCCCGAGCCGCUCCGCCCGGCUCCUCCCGCUCCCACCCCAGCGGCGGGGGGGUCGCGCCGGCUCCUCCCGGGUCCCUCCCCGGCUCCUUCGUUACCGGGGCGGGCGAGGCCGCCGCUCCGGGGCGGGGCGGGGCGGGGCGAGGCGCGGGGCCGGUACCGGGGGUCGGGGGUCCGGGGGUCCCGGGCCGGUGCCCCCGCCAUGCCCAAGCUGCUGCCGGCGCAGGAGGCAGCGCGGAUCUACCACACCAACUACGUGCGGAACGCGCGGGCCAUGGGGGUGCUCUGGGCCCUCUUCACCCUCUGCUUCUCCAUCCUGAUGGUGGUGACCUUCAUCCAGCCCUACUGGAUCGGCGACAGCAUCGACACGCCGCAGGCCGGCUACUUCGGCCUCUUCUCCUACUGCAUCGGCAACGCGCUCACCGGCGAGCUCAUCUGCAAGGGCAGCCCCCUCGACUUCGGCACCAUCCCCUCCAGCGCCUUCAAAACUGCCAUGUUCUUCGUAGGCGUCUCCACCUUCCUCAUCAUCGGCACCAUCCUCUGCUUCAGCCUCUUCUUCUUCUGCAACGCAGCCACCGUCUAUAAAGUCUGUGCCUGGAUGCAGCUGGCAGCAGCUACUGGGCUGAUGAUCGGCUGCCUGAUCUACCCCGACGGCUGGGACUCGAGCGAGGUGAAACGCAUGUGCGGGGACAAGACGGACAAGUACACGCUGGGCGCCUGCACUGUGCGCUGGGCAUACAUCCUCUGCAUCAUCGGCAUCCUCGACGCCCUCAUCCUCUCCUUCCUGGCCUUCGUGUUGGGGAACCGGCAGGACAACCUCCUCCCAUCUGAUUUUAAAGUGGAAAAUACAGAAGAGGGUGAGGACUGACAGAGCUGAUCACCACGGUCACUGAGCGCUCUUCCUCCAUCAGCCCUUCACUUUAAAGUGACUUUUCCAGGAACUUUACACUUACCAACUUCUGUGGAUUUUCUACAACUGUUCACCAAAGGGGCCACCGUCAGCUCGCACUGAGUUUAUUGGAUAGAAAUAGCCCAAAGUGGACACAGGAUUUUUUUGGGGGGAGGGGAAGGGGAGGGAUAGCGAUUUACUGCUUCUUGGGUUUGUACAUCUUCUUU